GAUAAAGACCUUUUGAGUUUCAUUUCCAUGUUAACCUAGGUUGACUUAUACACUUGAGGCAUGGAGUACCUGGUAGAUCACUUGAUGAACUCUAAAGGAUCCAUUUACAUUUUAGACCUUGCUCACGUGAGGUCGGAAUUGAAUACAACAUCUUGUCGCCGAGUUCAAAUAAAUCCAAAAUUAAUUAUUUCUCAUCAUUAUUCCUGUAACUCCAACUACAAUAUGAGCGAGGUAAAUGUUGAAUAAUCAAAUUUCUGCUGAUAAUAGUAUUCAAUUUCAUGGCCCUGAGCAACACUUACACAAACUCUUCCAUGACCAUCAAUGAACAAAGGCCAACAAAUAUUAUCAUACCUUUUAAAGCAACAGAAGGAAAACCCAAUUUCGUUCUGUAUAAAAACAUUUACCAAUGCAGCUACUUCAGAAAAUACAUGGUACAAUCACACCGAUGCUUACCUUUCAAAGGACCAUGUUAAAACACUGUGUAAGCUAGGCCACUUGAAAGAAGCCUUCAAUAUUUUCUCUACAAUGGAAUAUUGUCUAUCUUAUGAUAUGUAUGAUGCUUUCCUUCAGGGUUGCCUGAGCCAUAAAAACCAUAUGAUGGGCAUGUUAAUACAUGCCCACAUGAUCCAAACUGCAUUUAACUUCCACACCUUCAUAUCUAUUUGCAACAAAGUUAUUACUAUCUAUGCAAAGCAUGCUCAGCUCGCGGAAGCACGCAGGGUUUUGGAUGAAAUGCCCAGAACAAAUGUGGUAUCAUGGACUACAGUAAUUGCGGCUUAUUCAAGGGAAGGUCUGGCUGAAGAAGCCCUUGAAUUGUACGAAUUAAUGCAGAGAAAAGGUGUCGAACCCAAUCAGUUUACAUUUCCCAGUGUUCUUCCUGCCUGCGGGGUUUUAGGGAUAUUAGAAAGGGGGAGGAAAAUUCAUGAAGAUGUAGUUAGAGGUGGAUUUGAGGGCGACGUAUUUGUGGGAAAUGCUCUUGUCGAUAUGUAUGGGAAAUGCGGGAGUAUGAAGGAUGCGCGCCAAGUGUUUGACAAAAUGCCUCAGCGGAAUGUUGUUUCUUGGAAUUCGAUGAUAACAGCUUAUUCAAGGGAAGGUCUGGCUGAAGAUGUGCUUGAAUUGUACGAAUUAAUGCAGAGAAGAGGCAUUUUGCCAAACCAGUUCACUUUCCCCAGUGUUCUUCCGGCGUGUAGGGAUUUGGGGGAUGUGGACAGAGGGAAGAGGAUUCAUGAGGAUGUGUUGAGGGGUGGAUUUGAGGGCGAUGUAUUUGUGGGGAAUGCACUUGUUGAUAUGUAUGGGAAAUGUGGGAGUAUGGAGGAUGCAUGGCUAGUGUUUGACAAAAUGCUUCAACGAAAUGUUGUUUCCUGGAAUUCAGUGAUUGCAGGAUAUGCACAGAGUGGGGACAUGGAUAUGGCCUCGAAGCUCUUUCAGGAGAUGCCACAGCGUAAUGUGGUGUCUUGGACAACAAUGGUUGUAGCUUAUGUACAAAAAGGAUGCAUGGAAGAAGCUUUGAGGCUCUUUGAGGGAAUGCCAGAGCGAAAUGUGAUCUCCUGGACUGGGAUGAUUGCAGGGCUUGCACAGAAUGGAAGUAGCAAGGAGGCUUUGAAGCUUUUUCAGGAAAUGAAGAAGGCAGGUGUGAAGCCUAAUUCAAGUACUUUUUCCACUGUUCUCUCGGCAUGUUCCAAUUUGUGUGCUUUGGAACAGGGCAAGGAGAUCCAUCAAGAAAUUAUAGACAGUGGGUAUCUGUCUGAUGUCUUUGUGGGUAGUGCUCUUGUGGAUAUGUACUCAAAAUGUGGGAGCAUAGAUAAUGCACGUUGUAUGUUUGACAGAAUGCCACAGCGAAAUACGGUCUCGUGGAAUGCAAUGAUUGGAGGAUAUGCAAUGCACAGCUGUGCCUCAGAGUCUUUCAAACUCUUUGAACAAAUGCAAAAAUUGGGCACAAAUCCAGAUCAUGUCACCUUUCUUCGUGUUUUAUCUGCGUGCUGUCAUGCAGGACUUGUGGAUGAGGGGAUGCAAUACUUUGAGUCCAUGAGAAAAGAUCAUUGCAUCAUUCCUACAAUGGAACACUAUAGCUGUAUAGUUGACAUUCUUUGCAGGGCUGGUCGCCUAGAUGAGGGAGUAGACUUCAUCAACAAAAUGCCAGUACAACCUAAUGCCACUGUGCUUGGGUGUUUGCUUGCUGGCUGUAGAACCCACAACAAUAUACAAUUAGGAGAGCAAGUGGCAAAACAGCUUCUUGAACUGGACCCUGGACAUACUGGCCACUAUGUACUAUUAUCAAACAUAUAUGCUGCAGCUGGAAGGUGGGAUGACCUUGACAAGGUGCGUAAACUAAUGAAAGAUAGGUGCAUUAAAAAGAAGCCUGGGUGCAGUUGGAUUGAGGUGAAUAAAAAGGUUCAUGCUUUCCUUGUGGGAGACAUCUCACAUCCCCAAACAGAGGAAAUCUAUGCCAAGGUAGAAGAAUUAUCUAAAGAGAUAAAAGCAGCAGGGUAUGUGCCGAACACAAGAUUUGUGCUAAAAGAUGUAGAGGAGGAAUAUAAGGAACAAACUCUUUUCCACCAUAGUGAAAAACUAGCAAUUGCAUUUGGACUUAUACAUACCUCCCCUGGGACAACCAUUCGGAUUAUCAAGAACCUUCGAGUGUGUGGUGAUUGCCACACUGCUAUCAAGUUCAUAUCGAAGAUUGUUGCACGAGAAAUUGUUGUUAGGGAUCUAAAUCGUUUCCAUCACUUUAAGGAUGGGCAAUGUUCAUGUGGAGACUACUGGUAACCAUGAUAUAAAGCGAACCAAACCAUAUAUACAAGCUUAUAUUUCUUACAAGUUUAUACAUUGUCAUACUUAUAUUUACAGCUCCAUAUUCUUUCAGUACAUAAAUAUUCUUUCAAAAUUCAGAUGAAAAUUGAGUUUUC